CACCAAGAGCAUUCCAAACUAAGGUAAGCCGCAGUCAGCUCAGUGAAAAAGUCCCAGCAUAGAUCAAGGGCUUCCUCGUGUCUGUUUUUGACUUUUAGCGUUGGAAUUUGAUCUUUUCGUCCUCGGAAGCAUGUCUUUUUGUACUUUUAAAGGGGGCGAGAUCUUCAAAGACCACUUUGAAAGUGGCAUGUAUGUGUGUUCCCAGUGUGGUUAUGAGCUGUUUGCUAGCAAGUCUAAGUACGAGCAUUCAUCACCCUGGCCUGCAUUCACCGAAACCAUCCACGAGAAUAGCGUCUCCAAGAAAGAGGAGAGGAAGGGGGCAUACAAGGUUCGCUGUGGGAAAUGUGGGAAUGGACUGGGACAUGAAUUCAUAAACGACGGCCCAAGAAAUGGCCAGUCACGCUUUUGAAUAUUCAGCAGCUCGCUGCGCUUCGUCCCUAAAGACGGACAGUAAAGCGAGCUGUGGAGGAUGGAGGCGAAUGAAUGCGUCGUAGGAAUGUACGGGACGUGCAGAGGUUGGGGGUUGCGUUGCGGUGAGGCCUGUUUGUGAUGUGCGCUGUUCUAAAGCCCUGAACGGGAAGGUCAGCGCACAGAUGUUCCCAGAGCCCUCACUGCCCAGCCAGCACCGACGCGCUCCACAAACACCAGCUUUAACUGUCAUCAUCACGCACACAUAUCUAAAGGUCUAGUGGAAAAUUACAGUGUAUCUACUGCGUCACAUUAAAUCAGAGGGUAGGUUGGAGGGUAAUUUCACACAUGUAAGGUCUAUGCACAAUUUAGAAGUUUCUAUCAAAGUUACAGGGUUUUCACUGUGUUUUAUGUCAUAUUAAAUCAAAGGGUAGGAUACAAGUGGACUUCUGUCUACUGCAGACAAGGGUUUGAUACCAGUAAUGUUUGUUGAGAAGAAAAAAGAUGUUAUUUUAAUGAAUUUCUAAGAUAAAUUAAAAACACACAUUUGUAUUCACAUAUUUAUGUUACAAUAAAAUUUGUAAUUGUGUGGCACUCUUUAAAAUACUAAAACAGUGUAUGAAUAUUUAUUUUGUUUCUUAGUCAUGGGCAUUACUUUUGUGUUCACAUGAUCAUAAACACAUACUUCACAAAUCACAAAUGAUCAUACUUAUCACAGUUAUCACCAAUUGUUUCUUUAGAAUUGUGAUUAAUCCCAUUUGUGCUGUGUCAUUGUUGAUUACAGCUUUUGGAAAAGGCCCAUGACGUGAUGUUGGUCUAGUUUUUCCCCUUGGUGGUGCUGUUGUCUACUCUUUACUUUCCUGCUUGUAAUGGUGCAACCAUAUUCUCUGAAUAUUACACAGACUUUGGAUACUGU